AUGGUUCAAUUUGGUGAUAUUAUACCUACCUUGCUUCAGUUCUUUUCCGACCUGGGGAUGGAGAGCUUCGAACUUGUGGAGCGAAUGCGGAAUGCGAAUUCGGAUAUGAAGUUUGUAAAAGCUAUAAACGACCUUCUUACGCCUGAGCUAACUGGAGAAGAGGAGUCGUCUUCCGAUAGAACAAUCCGCAUUAUCACACACUUCAUUCCUGCCUUGAUCUCCGAAUUGAACUUGCCUACUACUCCUUCCCAGCGUUUUCUAGACUUGCUGAGUGCUAGAAAUUGGAAGGACUUUCAGUCCACCAAAGCUUUGAAGGAACUUCUGGUGGCGGGAAAGCCGCCGAUACAGUUCCAGAAUGAUGAAACUAGUUCAAAAUUGUCGCCGUUACUGACAGGAGAAUAUGAACUUGAAAUAUAUCCUAAACGACUGAAAAUAGGCGAGGAACAGCCAGCGAAGAUUGGAGAAGAAGGUCCAGAGAAACAUGAACCGCAUGUUGAAGUGCUGUUACCAUGGCUACAGGAUGUUGAAGGAGAAGUUCAUGCUGAAGAGGCUGCUGCACUGCCGCCAGAUGCAUUUUUACAGGAACCGGAUGAACCAAACACUGAAGGAGGUGAUGCUGGGGAUCUACAAUUCCAUAUUGAAGACUUUGUGGCUGGGGAGGUGGUCCAAGAAUUAGAUGAUCUGGAAGAAGAGGAAGACGGGCAUGCUGGAGAUGCUCCUCAGUUCCCACCGGUGCCGCCAGAUGCAUUUUUACAGGAACCGGAUGAACCAAACGCUGAAGGAGGUGAUGCUGGGGAUCUACAUUUCCAUAUUGAAGACUUUGUGGCUGGGGAGGUGGUCCAAGAAUUAGAUGAACUGGAAGAAGAGGAAAACGGGCAUGCUGGAGAUGCUCCUCAAUUCCCACCGGUGCCGCCAGGUGCAUUUUUACCGCCAGAUGUUGAAGACUUUGUGGCUGGGGAGGUGGUCCAAGAAUUAGAUGAACUGGAAGAAGAGGAAGACGGGCAUGCUGGAGAUGCUCCUCAAUUCCCACCGGUGCCGCCAGAUGCAUUUUUACUGCCCUUAGAUGAACAAGCUACUGAUUUGCGUAUCAAGUUAACAGAGGAUGUUGAAGGAGAAGUUCAUGCUGAAGAGGCUGCUGCACUGCCGCCAGAUGCAUUUUUACAGGAACCGGAUGAACCAAACACUGAAGGAGGUGAUGCUGGGGAUCUACAAUUCCAUAUUGAAGACUUUGUGGCUGGGGAGGUGGUCCAAGAAUUAGAUGAUCUGGAAGAAGAGGAAGACGGGCAUGCUGGAGAUGCUCCUCAGUUCCCACCGGUGCCGCCAGAUGCAUUUUUACAGGAACCGGAUGAACCAAACGCUGAAGGAGGUGAUGCUGGGGAUCUACAUUUCCAUAUUGAAGACUUUGUGGCUGGGGAGGUGGUCCAAGAAUUAGAUGAACUGGAAGAAGAGGAAAACGGGCAUGCUGGAGAUGCUCCUCAAUUCCCACCGGUGCCGCCAGGUGCAUUUUUACCGCCAGAUGUUGAAGACUUUGUGGCUGGGGAGGUGGUCCAAGAAUUAGAUGAACUGGAAGAAGAGGAAGACGGGCAUGCUGGAGAUGCUCCUCAAUUCCCACCGGUGCCGCCAGAUGCAUUUUUACUGCCCUUAGAUGAACAAGCUACUGAUUUGCGUAUCAAGUUAACAGAGGAUGUUGAAGGAGAAGUUCAUGCUGAAGAGGCUGCUGCACUGCCGCCAGAUGCCAUUUUUACAGGAACGGAUGAACCAAACACUGAAGGAGGUGAUGCUGGGGAUCUAGAAUUCCAUAUUGAAGACUUUGUGGCUGGGGAGGUGGUCCAAGAAUUAGAUGAUCUGAAUUAUUUUAUUCUUUAUCUUAGGAAGAAGAGGAAGACGGGCAUGCUGGAGAUGCUCCUCAGUUCCCACCGGUGCCGCCAGAUGCAUUUUUACAGGAACCGGAUGAACCAAACGCUGAAGGAGGUUGAUGCUGGGGAUCUACAUUUCCAUAUUGAAGACUUUGUGGCUGGGGAGGUGGUCCAAGAAUUAGAUGAACUGGAAGAAGAGGAAAACGGGCAUGCUGGAGAUGCUCCUCAAUUCCCACCGGUGCCGCCAGGUGCAUUUUUACCGCCAGAUGUUGAAGACUUUGUGGCUGGGGAGGUGGUCCAAGAAUUAGAUGAACUGGAAGAAGAGGAAGACGGGCAUGCUGGAGAUGCUCCUCAAUUCCCACCGGUGCCGCCAGAUGCAUUUUUACUGCCCUUAGAUGAACAAGCUACUGAUUUGCGUAUCAAGUUAACAGAGGAUGUUGAAGGAGAAGUUCAUGCUGAAGAGGCUGCUGCACUGCCGCCAGAUGCAUUUUUACAGGAACCGGAUGAACCAAACACUGAAGGAGGUGAUGCUGGGGAUCUACAAUUCCAUAUUGAAGACUUUGUGGCUGGGGAGGUGGUCCAAGAAUUAGAUGAUCUGGAAGAAGAGGAAGACGGGCAUGCUGGAGAUGCUCCUCAGUUCCCACCGGUGCCGCCAGAUGCAUUUUUACAGGAACCGGAUGAACCAAACGCUGAAGGAGGUGAUGCUGGGGAUCUACAUUUCCAUAUUGAAGACUUUGUGGCUGGGGAGGUGGUCCAAGAAUUAGAUGAACUGGAAGAAGAGGAAAACGGGCAUGCUGGAGAUGCUCCUCAAUUCCCACCGGUGCCGCCAGGUGCAUUUUUACCGCCAGAUGUUGAAGACUUUGUGGCUGGGGAGGUGGUCCAAGAAUUAGAUGAACUGGAAGAAGAGGAAGACGGGCAUGCUGGAGAUGCUCCUCAAUUCCCACCGGUGCCGCCAGAUGCAUUUUUACUGCCCUUAGAUGAACAAGCUACUGAUUUGCGUAUCAAGUUAACAGAGGAUGUUGAAGGAGAAGUUCAUGCUGAAGAGGCUGCUGCACUGCCGCCAGAUGCAUUUUUACAGGAACCGGAUGAACCAAACACUGAAGGAGGUGAUGCUGGGGAUCUACAAUUCCAUAUUGAAGACUUUGUGGCUGGGGAGGUGGUCCAAGAAUUAGAUGAUCUGGAAGAAGAGGAAGACGGGCAUGCUGGAGAUGCUCCUCAGUUCCCACCGGUGCCGCCAGAUGCAUUUUUACAGGAACCGGAUGAACCAAACGCUGAAGGAGGUGAUGCUGGGGAUCUACAUUUCCAUAUUGAAGACUUUGUGGCUGGGGAGGUGGUCCAAGAAUUAGAUGAACUGGAAGAAGAGGAAAACGGGCAUGCUGGAGAUGCUCCUCAAUUCCCACCGGUGCCGCCAGGUGCAUUUUUACCGCCAGAUGUUGAAGACUUUGUGGCUGGGGAGGUGGUCCAAGAAUUAGAUGAACUGGAAGAAGAGGAAGACGGGCAUGCUGGAGAUGCUCCUCAAUUCCCACCGGUGCCGCCAGAUGCAUUUUUACUGCCCUUAGAUGAACAAGCUACUGAUUUGCGUAUCAAGUUAACAGAGGACGGUGAGGACGUCUACAUUCCCCCAAAACCACAAGGCCCACAGACAAAACGCCAUUCCUAA